CCAUGGUAGUGGAUAGGUCUACACUGCAGGGGUUGCCUUUCACCAGCAGGAUCCUGACAUUUUAAAGAUUAGGAAGGUGGACUUUGUGGAAUUAAUAGCCAUGGUAAUUAAUGGCACUGCCAAGGUGGAGAGAAGGUCCAGGAAGAUAUAAAUUAUAGUAAUUGCGGCGGUGUGGUUCCUGGGGCUGAAAGAUUUCUCAGCGAAGGUGUUACAUGCAAUAUUGGCACAAGCCGUACCACCCUCUCAGGUCCUAGAGCCUGAGAAGGGAGAUAUGGAGAACUAAAAGAAUGUACUAUUUUUAUUAGGGUAGAUUAAGUUAGUUUCACUAUGUAUGAAUUUGUUUAUUUUGGUUUCAAAUCGUCCAGUUGGUAGCGACAAUACACCUUUUUGUGUCUAGUCCACCAUAAAACCUACAGAAGAAGAAGGAUGAUGAUGAUGAUGAAGAAGCUAAAAUGGCAGCACAUUUGAAAGUGCUGCCUAUUCGGAGUAAAGAAAUGAAGACACUUUUAAAACAGAUUAUUGCUUUAAUUCCAAAGACAAAAUGGCUUGAGAUUCGGAUUUCAGGGAAACAAGUGCCGAUUCCACGGUCUGGAAUUGGAAGCCUAUUUGGCAGUUGCACCGCGUUGACUCCGUUUGUGCCGUUUUAGGAGAUGCACUGGAUGUAGCUGCAUUUCAGGAUGGACAAAUGACGAGGUGUAGGAUUUUCUUAUGACAGUUGUGAUAUAACGGCCAGCUAUUUAGGUAGCUGUUAUAUUUUUUGAUGCAAUAUAUGCAUUGUUCUCCAAAACGAUUAUGUGUGCUGCUGCGGCAGUCGGUGGUGGAGGGAUUGUGCCAUCCCCAUUACCUUCGAUGCGGCUAGGCAUCAGCGUCAUUUCUGGAGUUGGGGACGAUUUCUCCUCUUUUGGGUCGGGAAUGGGUUCGUGUCAAACACCGGGAACACAGUCGGAUUGCCGAAGUCGAUACCAUCUUCUACUCUCUGGGCGAGCUUUAGCGGAAAGAUACAGGAUGAUUUAUUCCACGGUUAUCAAUGACAAGGAGCAAGGGAUAAACCAAGGAAGGGGAAAGAAAGCUUUAAGCAAGAAGAAGCUGAAACGGCGGCAAAAGUUGAAGUCUAAAGUCAAAACAGGAACAAAGACGGAGAACCUUGAUAUGGUCUUCUGCAUGCCGGAAAUCAAGCUGCAUAGCAACCCAUCGGUGUUCAACGUGUACUGCAACGUGCGCCACUGCGUGCUGGAAUGGCAGCAGCGGGAGGCGUCCCUGGCUCUGGCCUCUAGGAGCUCUAUGCAGAGCGGCGACUCGGACAGCGAGGAGGAGUUCCGUGAGCCCGCCAGCAAGCUUCCCAAGAUCAUUGGCAUUGGUCUGUGUGGGGUGUUUGAACUGAUCAAGGAGACUCUGUUCUCCCACCCCUCACUGUGCCUGCGCAGCCUGCAGGCCCUGCUGGUCAUGCUGCAGGGACAACAGCCAGAGGGCUUCCAGACCGAACCUCCUGAUGUACUGGAGUCUCUGUUCCACCUGCUGCUGGAGACAACGGUGCAUAGCACAGGGAUGAAUGACCCCACGGGGCAGGCCCUCACCGCUCUCUCCUGCGCCUGCCUCUUCAGCCUGGUGGUGUCCUGGGGAGACACGGGCAAGACCCUGCAGGCCGUCUCCGCCAUCCUCACCAACAACGGCAGUCACACCUGCCAAACUAUCCAGGUGCCGACCAUUCUGAACGCGCUACAGAGGAGCGUGCAGGCCGUGCUGGUGGGCAAGAUCCAGAUCCAAGAUUGGUUCGGCAACGGCAUCAAGCGGGCGGCACUGAUGAACAAGUGGGUACUGAAGGAGGUCACCGUCAAUGAGGAUGAGCGCUGCCUGCUGCAGACCGACGGCUCUUUCCUCUACCUGCUCUGCAUGGACGGCCUCUACAAAGUGGGCUCCGGCUACAGUGGCACCGUCAGGGGCCAUGUGUAUAAUUCCACAUCAUGCUUCAGGAAUCAGAUGGAGAAGAGAUCAUGGUUGGGCUUCGCUCAGGGCUGCCUUUUGUACCGGGAUAUGAGUAACAACCACAGUACGUCGGCCAUCAAGAUCGACCCAGAGACUCUGGAGCAUGACGGAACCAUCACUAUGCCAGGUCUACAGGCAGACGGCCAGAGCGUAGUCUUCACUGACGGAGAGUACAUCAACCAAAUUGCUGCCUGCAAAGACGAUGGGUUUGUGGUGCGGAUCUAUGCGGCCAGUACAGACCCAGCACUGCAGAAGGAGCUUCAGCUGAAACUGGCCAGGAAGUGUCUCCAUGCCUGCGGCAUCUCUCUGUUUGACCUGGAGAAAGACCUUCACAUCAUCACUACAGGGUUUGACGAGGAGGCAGCAUUGCUGGGAGCAGGCAGGGAAUUUGCUUUGAUGAAAACGGCCUCAGGAAAGAUCUACUACACCGGGAAAUAUCAGAGCCUUGGCAUCAAGCAAGGUGGUCUGUCGGAAGGUAAAUGGGUGGAGCUGCCUGUCACCAAGUCCCCUAAGAUCAUCCAGUUCUCGGUGGGCCAUGACGGCUCACACGCCCUGCUUGUGGCCGAGGAUGGCAGCGUGUUCUUCACCGGCUCUGCCAGCAAGGGAGAGGAUGGAGAAUCCACCAAAAGCCGGCGCCAACCGAAGCCCUCCAAGCCCAAGAAGAUGAUGAAGCUGGAGACCAAGACGGUGGUGAACACGGCCUGCAACAACGGCAGCAGCGGCAUCGUCACCAAGGAUGGAGAGCUCUACAUGUUCGGCAAGGACGCCAUCUACAGCGACAGCACCUGCCAGGUUUCAGACCUGAAGGGUCACAUUGUAACCCAGGUAGCCAUGGGGAAGGCCCACACCUGUGUCCUGACCAAGAUCGGAGAGGUCUGGACGUUUGGGGUCAACAACAAGGGCCAGUGUGGCCGAGAAACAGGGGCCAUGAACCAGGCAGGGAGAGCAUUUGGCAUUGAGAGCAUGGCGACCGCCAUGGAAGAGGACCUGGAGGAUGAGCUGGAGGAGAAGAGCAUGAUGUGCCAGUCGGGCAUGCACAAGUGGAAGCUGGACCAGUGCAUGGUGUGCACUGUGUGUGGAGACUGCACCGGCUACGGAGCCAGCUGUGUCAGCAGCGGACGGCCCGACAGAGUACCCGGAGGUAUCUGUGGAUGUGGUUCGGGGGAGUCUGGCUGCUCAGCGUGUGGCUGCUGUAAGGCCUGCGCCAGGGAGCUGGAUGGACAGGAGGCCAGACAGAGGGGCAUCUUUGACGCUGUCAAGGAGAUGAUACCACUAGACCUACUACUAGCUGUGCCUGUCCCUCCCCCACCAGGAGUCAACAUCCAGGAGCACAUCCAGAUCCGGCAGGAGGAGAAACGCCAGCGGAUCAACCGCCGACACCGGCUGGAGGAGGGACAAGAUGGGAGCAGCGAGCGAGGGGAGAAGGACGCCAGUAAGAUCACCACUUACCCCCCGGGGGCGGUGCUUUUCGACUGCGAGAUGACAGCUGUGCAGGUCAGCUGCGGCCUCCACCAUUCAGUGGUGCUGUUGGAGAAUGGGGAUGUCUAUACAUUUGGCUACGGUCAGCAUGGCCAGCUUGGACACGGCGAUGUCAACUCAAGGGGAUCUCCCACACUGGUGCAGGCUCUUCCAGGUCCGAGUGUUCAGGUGACAGCUGGUAGUAACCACACGGCAGUGCUCCUCAUGGACGGACAGGUCUUCACCUUCGGCAGCUUCUCGAAAGGGCAGCUGGGUCGGCCAAUCCUGGACAUGCCCUACUGGAACGCCAAGCCCUCUCCCAUGCCCAACAUUGGUGCCAAGUAUGGCCGCAAGGCCACUUGGAUUGGGGCCAGCGGCGACCAGACCUUCCUGAGAAUAGACGAGGCCCUGAUCAACUCGCACGUCCUGGCUACCUCCGAGAUCUUCGCUAGCAAAGACAUCAUCGGCUUAGUCCCCACCUCUGUAUCGGAGCCUCCUCCCUUUAAAUGCCUGCUCAUCAACAAGCUAGAUGGCAGCUGCCGCACCUUCAACGACUCCGAGCAGGAGGACCUGCAGGGCUUUGGCCUCUGUCUCGAUCCCGUCUACAACGUCAUCUGGAGAUUUCAGCCGGCGUCAAAGGAGAUGUGGUGCUACAACGCCGUUAUAGCAGAUGGCCAUGUGCCAUCGGCCACGGACCUAGAGGCCCACUACAGCAUCCUCAGCCCAGAGCUGGCACUGCCCGAUGGAGCCCAUGCCCGCACCACCCGCUCCCACGGAGCCCUGCACAUACUAGGUUGCCUGGAUACGCUGGCGGCCAUGCAAGAGCUGAAGAUGGGUGUGGCCAGCACAGAGGAGGAGACUCAGGCCGUUAUGAAGGUCUACUCCAAGGAAGACUACAGCGUGGUCAACCGCUUCGAGAGUCACGGGGGUGGCUGGGGUUACUCGGCCCACUCGGUGGAGGCUAUCCGCUUCUGUUCUGAUGCGGACAUCCUGCUGGGGGGACUGGGCCUGUUCGGGGGCCGUGGGGAGUACACCGCUAAGCUCAAGUUGUUAGAGCUGGGGCCUGAUGGUGGAGACCAUGAGACGGAUGGGGACCUCCUGGCUGAGACUGACGUCCUGGCCUAUGACUGCGCUGCCAGGGAGAAGUACGCCAUGAUGUUUGACGAACCGGUGCAGCUGCAGCUGGGCUGGUGGUACGUGGCCUGGGCCCAGGUGUCUGGGCCCAGCUCAGACUGUGGCUCCCACGGACAGGCCACCAUCACCACAGAUGACAGUGUGGUCUUUCAGUUCAAGAGCUCCAAGAAGUCAAACAACGGCACCGAUGUGAACGCAGGUCAAAUACCUCACCUCUUGUACAGGCUUCCGUCGAACGAUGGCAACGCAGCCAAAGGGAAACAGCAGACCAGUGAGCCGGUUCACAUCCUCAAACGCUCCUUCGCCAGGACCGUCUCAGUGGAGUGUUUUGAGUCCCUGCUGAGGAUCCUCCACUGGAGCUGGACCACCCUGGUGCUGGGGGUGGAGGAACUGAGAGGCCUGAAAGGCUUCCAAUAUACGGCCACCCUGCUGGACCUGGAGCGCCUGCGCUUCGUAGGGACCUGCUGCCUGCGCUUGCUCCGCGUCUACAUCUGUGAGAUCUUCCCCAUAUCUGCCAGCGCCAAGGCGGUGGUGGAAGAGUCCAGCAAGCUGGUGGAGUGCGUGGGCAACACCCGUAGCCUGCUCAAGAAGAUCCUAUCAGAGGGCAUGGACAACUGCCUGACCAAGCUGGACAAUGACCCUCAGGGCUACCUCUCCCAGCCCCUCACCCUGCUGGAGGCCGUGUUGCAGGAGUGCCACAACACCUUUACCUCCUGCUUCCACUCCUUCUACCCCAAGCCCGCUCUGCAGUGGGCCUGCCUCUGCGACUUGCUCAACUACCUCGACCAGGACAUCGCCGAGGCCAACUUCCGCACAUCGAGCAGCCGCUUGUUGGCGGCGGUGAUGUCUGCGCUGUGCAACACAUCAGUCAAGCUGACGUCCAUCUUGCCCAUUGCGUACGACGGCGAGGUGCUGCUGCGCUCCCUGGUCAAACAGGUCAGCACGGAGAAUGACUCGGCGCUCGCCCACCGCUUCCCCCUGCUGGUGGCGCACAUGGAGAAACUCAGCCACAGGGAGGAGAACCUGAUGGGGCUGGCCAGUUUCCGGGAGGUUCUUGAGAAGAUGCUGGUGAUCGUAGUGCUACCGGUGAGGAAAAGCCUGAGGAAGGAGGUGGAGGUCUUCUCCCCCCACCUGGUCUCCAACACCUGUGGCCUGCUGGCCAGCAUAGUCUCUGAGCUCACCGCCUCUGCCCUGGGCUCCGAGGUGGACGGUCUGAACUCGCUUCACUCUGUGAAGUCCACUCCCAACCGCUUCACCAAGACGAGCCAGGGCCGCAGCUGGAACACAGGCAAUGGCUCUCCAGAUGCCAUCUGUCUGACAGUGGACAAGCCUGGCGUGGUGCUGGUGGGUCUUUGUGUCUACGGCGGCGGAGGCAUCCAUGAGUACGAGUUGGAGGUGCUCGCUGAUGAUGCCCAGACGGAGCACCCUGGGGAUUUGGUCCACACCCACAGGUGGACGUCUCUGGAGCUGGUCAAGGGAACCUACAGCACCGAUGACUCUCCCAGCGACAUUGCCGAGAUACGCCUCGACAAGGCCGUGCCACUAAAGGAGGGUGUGAAAUAUGCUGUCCGCCUGCGUAACUAUGGCAGCCGAACAGCCAAUGGGGAUGGAGGGAUGACCACGGUUCAGUGUUCCAAUGGCGUGGCCUUUACCUUCAGAACCUGUAGCCUGAGCAGCAACGGGACCAACCAGACUAGAGGACAGAUACCACAGAUGCUGUACUACAGGAGUGAGUAUGACGGAGAUCUGCAGUCCCAGCUGCUGAGCAAAGCCAAUGAGGAGGACAUGAACUGCAGCAGGGCUCUCGCAGUGGUCAGUGCAGUGGUCAGCGCUGCCAAGGAUCUCCUUCACAGGGCGUUCACUGUCGAUGCAGAGGACGUCCCUGAGCUGCUGAGUUCUUCCAGCCUGUUCUCCAUGCUGCUCCCCCUCAUCCUGGCCUACAUCGGCCCUGUGGCUGCCUCAGUACCCAAGGCCGCAGUGGAAGUCUUUGGUCUGGUCCAGGAGUUACUUCCUGCUGUCUCCGCUUUGAACCAGAAGUAUGCCCCACUGGCUUUCAACCCCAACCAAUCAACAGACAGCACCACGGGCAACCAGCUGGAGCAGGGCCUAUCAGCUUGCACCACCUCCAGUCACUAUGCUGUGAUAGAGAGUGACCACCCUUACAAGCAGGCCAGAGUCACACAGUAUAUGGUGUCAUUCCCAGACUGCGUGCGGUGGACCACCAUCGAGUUUGACCCCCAGUCUGGCACAGCCCAGCCAGAGGAUGUCCUCCGCUUGCUCAUCCCAGGCCAUUCGCUCCACCUGUCCAGCCUGAGCACCAAGCCCCUGGCCCACGACACCAUCAACACCUGGGUGGAGCUCAAGAAGAUCUCUGGCUCCAAUGGCUGGCCCACCACUGUCCUAGUGCUGCCAGGAAACGAGGCCCUGUUCUCCUUAGAAACUGCCUCUGACUACGUAAAAGACGAGAAGGCCUGUUUCUACGGCUUCAAGUGUGUUGCCGUGGGUUACGAAUUCAACCCUGGACCAGAUGAGGGUAUUAUCCAGCUGGAGAAGGAGUUGGCGUACUUGGGCAGUGUGUGUGCUGCUGCACUCAUGAAGAAGGAUCUGGCUCUUCCUAUAGGGAAUGAACUUGAGGAGGACCUUGAGAUUGUUGAAGAGGCCUCUCUCCAGGUGUGUAAGGCCCACUCAGGUAUCCUGGGCAAGGGGCUGGCCCUGUCCCACUCCCCCAGCAUCCUGGAGGCUCUGGCGGGCAACCUGCCCCUGCACCUGCAGACCAACGAGCACUCUUUCUUGGAGGACUUAAUCACCUGCGAGCAGAACUCCAGCGGAGGACGCCUGGCCAGGUGGCUGCAACCGGACUCAUACGCGGACCCCCAGAAGACGUCUCUGAUCCUGAACAAGGACGACAUCUGCUGCGGCUGGCCCACUACAGUGGCCGUCCUGACCAAAGACCAGUACGGAGACGUGGUGCAUGUGCCCAACAUGAAGGUGGAGGUGAAGGCGGUGCCCGUCUCCCAGAAGAAAUCCAUGCAGCAGGAGUGCAUGAGGAAGCUGCAGCGUCUCCCAGGCAGUGCCAACCCCUCCUCCUCGGGCACUGCUGACCUGACCUUCGGGGGCCUGCCCAUGCCCAAGCUGGACGCCACUUACGAGCCCAUGAUCGUCAAGGAGGCGCGCUACAUCGCCAUCACAAUGAUGAAGGCCUAUGAGAAUUACUCGUUCGAGGAGCUUCGCUUUGCUUCGCCCACUCCAAAUAGGCCCAGUGAGAACAUGUUGAUCCGGGCCAACACAGACGGGACCUACAGCGCCAACUGGACCCCCGGGGCUGUGGGCCUCUAUACCAUCCAUGUCACCAUCGACAGCAUCGAGAUCAAUGCUGGUCUGGAGGUGGAGGUGAAAGACCCUCCUAAAGGCAUGAUCCCACCUGGCACACAGAUGGUUAAACCCAAGGCCGAGCCCCAACCUAGCAAGGUCCGCAAAUUUGUGUCCAUGGACAGUGCAGGCCUCCGCGUGCGUAGUCACCCCUCCCUGCAGAGCGAACAGAUAGGCAUAGUGCAAGUCAAUGGCACCAUCACUUUCAUUGAUGAGAUCCACAAUGAUGAUGGUGUUUGGCUCAGGCUGAAUGAUGAGACAGUAAAGAAGUAUGUGCCCAACAUGAAUAGGUACACUGAAGCCUGGUGCCUCUCUUUUAAUCAGCACGUGGGCAGGAGCCUGCUGGUCCCAGCCGACAUGAUAAACGCAGAGGGGACGUGGGUCCAGCUGGACAAGAAUAGCGUGGUGGAGUUCUGCGAGAGCAACAAAAGAGAGGCCUGGUCCCUGGUCCGAGACCGUGGGGGAAGCCAGUACCUACGCCAAGGGGAAGAACAAAUCCUGCUAGAGCAUGGGGCCCAGAACCCCCCAACUAGCGCCUUUUCUGUCCAGGCCUUCAACAGUGCUGCUGGAGCCAUUGGGGCCUAUGGGACACAGGGCUUCAACUAUGGCAUCUCAAACAACAAAGCCUCUAAACACCGACAGAAAAGCCACUCCCCAAAACAGGAGGGUGGACGCUCCUCGGACCACUCCAAAGACCUGUCGGCCGGCGAGGCACUGAUCCUGAGGUCGGACACGGCCAAGCUGCGGUCAGACUCUCAUAGCUGCUCUCACUCGCCCAACCAUAACACCCUGCAGGCGCUGAAGGCCGAAGGGCGUGAUCGUAACUCCUCCGGGCUGCGCGUCGAAUCGCCCAACCCUGGCUCCCGCUCCUCCUCACUCAAGCAGAAGGGCCUGUCCUCCUCCUUGGGGAAGUAUAGCCUCUCUAGAACCUCCUUGACGUGGUCCUCCUCCCCCCAGCAUGACAAGAACCUUGCUCAGGACAAGAACCAACUAAUUGACAAGAACAUGUCACAAGACAAGAACCAACCCCAUGACCAGAACCUCCCUCCCAAAGUCAGCCCCUCCAAGGCUCAGCUGGAACCGCCCAGAGAGAGAUCCAAGUCGGACUCGUACACACUGGACCCGGACACCCUACGGAAAAAGGUCCCUCUCACCUCGGAGCCACUGAGGGGAAGGUCCACCUCGCCUAAACCCAAACUAUCUCCCAAGGACAGGGGCAGCAAAGGAGGUGACAUGAACAUGGAGAACUGCAGCCCAUCGCCCCAUGUGACCCAGGAGGACCUCCACAGGGAGGUGGUGAUGUGUACGUCUAUUGCUCUUCUUUCCGAUGAUGAAGGAAAUGAUGAGAACGUUGAGGGCUCUUCCAAGGUGCACUUCAGCAUCAGCAAGGUGCCCAUCAAGGAUGAGCUGGAGAGCAGCCGCUCAUCGCCAAAAGCCAGCCGCAAGACCUCCAGCCGCCACAUUCGCCCCAAGAAGGACAAGUCUGGCCCGCUCUUCAAGGGCGAGAGCUCAUCAAGGCUCACCGAGACCACCAAGCAGGCUAUGUCGCCCUCAGUGGCAGAGUGCGCCCGGUCGGUCUUCGCCGCAUUCCUCUGGCACGAGGGCAUUGUCCACGACGCCAUGGCCUGCUCCUCGUUCCUCAAGUUCAAUCCAGAGCUGACCAAGGAGCACGCGCCAAUCCGCAGCUCGCUGGGUGGCCAGGGCGGCCAAGAGGAGAAGGAGAGCAAGCUGAUGAACCGCCACUCGCUGGAGAUAUCCUCGGCCCUCAAUAUGUUCAACAUUGCCCCACACGGGCCCGACAUCUCCAAGAUGGGCAGCAUCAACAAGAACAAGGUCCUGUCCAUGCUCAAAGAGCCACCACUGACCGAGAAGUGCGAGGACGGCAAGGGGGAGCCCGUCUCCUACGGGAUGACCUCUCAUCCCUUCAUGAGGGCUAAGUCCAUCCUGCCGCUCACACUCCAGCACCUUGUUGCAUUCUGGGAGGACAUCUCCAUGGCGACCAUCAAGGCAGCCACCCAGAACAUGAUUUUCCCCAGCCCGGGCUCCAGCGCCAUCCUGAAGAAAAAGGAAAACGAUAAGGACAGUAAGAAGUCCAAGAAGGAGAAGAAGAAAAGAGAGAAGGCGGAGGUGCGCCCCAGGGGGAACCUGUUUGGUGAGAUAGCCCAGCUGACCAUCGGGGGACAGGAGAAGGACACCAUCUGUGAGCUUUGUGGGGAGUCGCACCCUUACCCUGUCACCUACCACAUGAGGCAGGCCCACCCAGGUUGUGGUCGCUACGCGGGAGGCCAGGGCUACAACAGUAUCGGCCACUUCUGUGGGGGCUGGGCAGGAAACUGUGGAGACGGAGGGAUCGGUGGAAGUACCUGGUACCUGGUGUGUGACCGCUGCAGGGAGAAGUACCUGAGAGACAAGCAGACUGCGGCCAGGGAAAAGGUAAAGAAGGCGAGGAAGAAGCCCCUGCAGUUGAAGAUGCCGCGGGCGCUGCCCACCAUGGAGGCCCACCAGGUGAUCCGUGCCAACGCCCUUUUCCUGCUUUCCCUAAGCAGUGCCGCCAAGCCCAGCCUGCUGUACCAACACCCGCCUCGCCCGCUUCACUCCAUGCUGCUCAGCCUCAAGGAGUGCGUCUCCGACGAGAUGCCCAACAAGAUGGGCUGCCUCUACCUGCAGAUGCUGGCCAGGCAACACACAGAGAACUUUGGUGGGUACCAGGAUGACAACCUGUUCCAGGAUGAGAUGAGGUACCUACAUUCCACGUCUGUCCCUGCACCCUACAUCUCAGUCACCCCCGACGCCUGCCCCAAUGUGUUCGUGGAGCCCGAGAGCAACAUGAAGUCUAUGCCACCCAGUCUGGAGACCAGCCCAAUCACAGAUAGUGACUUGUCCAAGAGGACGGUGUUCCAGAGGUCUUACUCUGUAGUGGCCUCUGAGUAUGACAAGAAGCACUUGGCCUCUCCGGCCAGGGUCAAAGCCGUGCCCAGACGCGGAGUCCACAGUGGGGAUGCAGAAGUGGGUUCUUCUCUGUUGCGCCACCCCUCCCCGGAACUGUCCCGUCUCAUCUCGGCCCACGGAUCCCUCAGUAAGGGCGAGAGGAACGUCCAGUGGCCUGUCCUGGCCUUCGUCAUCCAGCACCAUGACCUGGAGGGUCUGGAGGUGGCCAUGAAGCACGCCCUGCGCAAGUCCGCCUGCAGGGUCUUCGCCAUGGAGGCGUUCAACUGGCUGCUGUGUAACGUGAUCCAGACCACCUCGCUGCACGACAUCCUGUGGCACUUUGUCGCCUCCCUCACCCCGUCACCCUUUGAACCCGAGGAAGAGGAGGAGGAAGAAAACAAAGCCCCCGGGAACAAGAAAAUUGUGAUGGAGCAGGAGAGAGACCUGGCUGUGUGUGAGCACCCGCUGUCUGACAUUGUGAUUGCCGGGGAGGCCGCCCACCCCCUCCCCCACACCUUCCACCGCCUCCUCCAGACCAUCUCCGACCUCAUGAUGUCACUUCCUAGUGGCAGCUCCCUGCAGCAGAUGGCCCUCAGGUGUUGGAGUCUGAAGUUCAAGCAGUCUGACCACCAGUUCCUGCACCAGAGCAACGUGUUCCACCACAUCAACAACAUCCUGUCCAAGUCAGACGACGGCGACAGCGAGGAGAGCUUCAACAUCAGUGUGCAGUCUGGCUUCGAGGCCAUGAGCCAAGAGCUGUGCCUGGUGACCUGUCUGAAGGACCUGACCAGUGUGGUGGACAUCAAGACAUCCAGCCGUUCGGCCAUGAUCGGCAGCCUGACGGAUGGCUCAACUGAGACCUUUUGGGAGUCGGGCGAUGAGGACAAGAACAAGACCAAGUGCAUUACCAUCAGCUGCAUCAAAGGCAUCAACGCCUCUUGCAUCACUGUGCACGUUGACAACUCCCGUGACAUUGGGAACAAAGUCACCUCCAUGACGUUCCUGUGUGGCAAAGCCGGGGAGGACCUCUGCAGAAUCAAACAGAUUGACCUUGAUUCGCAUCACAUGGGCUGGGUGACCAGCGAGUUUCCUGGGGGAGACCACCAUGUGAUCAAGGUAGAACUGAAGGGGCCCGAGAACACGCUGCGGGUGCGCCAGGUCAAGGUGCUGGGCUGGAAGGCUGGCGAGAGCAUCAAGAUCGCGGGGCAGAUCUCGGCCAGCGUGGCCCAGCAGAAGAACUGCGAGGCCGAAACACUCUGCGUUUUCCGCCUCAUCACCUCACAGGUAUUUGGGAAGCUAAUCUGCGGAGAUGCUGAGCCCACCCCUGAACAGGAGGAGAAGAACCUGCUGUCAUCACCAGAGGGGGAGGACAAGGCGCCGUCAGACGCAGACCUGAAGGAACACAUGGUGGGCAUCAUUUUCAGCCGGAGCAAGCUGACCAACCUGCAGAAACAGGUGUGCACCCACAUCGUCCAGGCCAUCCACAUGGAGGCGACCCGGGUGCGCGAGGAGUGGGAGCAUGCCAUCUCCAGCAAGGAAAACGCCAACUCGCAGCCCAGCGACGACGACGCCUCCUCGGACACCUCCUCGGACGCCUACUGCUUCGAGCUGCUCUCCAUGGUGCUGGCGCUGAGCGGCUCCAACGUAGGCCGCCAGUACCUGGCCCAGCAGCUGACACUGAUGCAGGACCUGUUCUCGCUGCUGCACACGGCCUCGCCCCGUAUCCAGAGACAGGUGACCUCUCUCCUCCGUCGUGUCCUCCCAGAGGUGACACCCGUGCGCCUAGCCAGCAUCAUCGGCAUCAAGGCCCUGCCGCCUGCUGAUAUCGGUGACAUCAUCCACUCGACCGAGAAGGGUGACUGGAACAAGCUUGGCAUCCUGGAUAUGUUCCUGGGCUGCAUCGCCAAGGCACUCACUGUGCAACUCAAGGCCAAGGGAACCACCGUUGCCGGCAUGGCGGCAGGCAAAGGCAUCACUACUGUCACGCUGCCCUUAAUCUUCAACUCCAGCUACAUACGCCGGGGAGAGAGCCACUGGUGGAUGAAGGGAUCCACUCCCCCUCAGAUCGCUGAGAUUAUCAUCAAGCUGGUCAAAGACAUGGCUGCCGGACACCUGUCGGACGCCUGGUCUCGGGUGACGAAGAACGCCAUCGCUGAGACCAUCAUGGCUCUCACCAAGAUGGAAGAGGAGCAUCGCUCGCCAGUCCGUUGCAUCGCCACCACCCGGUUGUGGCUUGCUCUGGCCUCUCUGUGUGUGCUGGACCAGGAUCAUGUGGACAGGCUGUCCUCAGGCCGCUGGAUGGGCAAAGACGGACAGCAGAAACAGAUGCCCAUGUGCGAUAACCAUGAUGACGGCGAGACAGCAGCCAUCAUCCUGUGUAACAUGUGUGGUAACCUGUGUACCGACUGUGACCGCUUCCUCCAUCUGCACCGACGCACUCGCUCCCAUCAGAGACAGGUGUUUAAGGAGGAGGAGGAGGCAAUCAAGGUGGACCUCCACGAGGGCUGUGGGAGGACGAAGCUCUUCUGGCUCAUGGCUCUGGCCGACUCCAAGACCAUGAAGGCCAUGGUGGAGUUCAGGGAACACUCGGGGAAACCAGCCUCCAGCAGCUCAGAUGCCUGCAGGUUCUGUGGCACCAGGAACGGCACCGAGCUCUCGGCUAUGGGCAGUGUCUGCUCUGACCCAGACUGCCAGGAGUAUGCCAAGCUGGCGUGCAGUAAGACACAAGCAUGCGGCCACCUCUGUGGUGGGGUGAGGAAUGAGAAGAGCUGCCUGCCCUGUCUGCACGGCUGCAACAAGAGCACAGGCUGCCUGAAACAGGACGCUGACGACAUGUGCAUGAUCUGCUUCACUGAGGCGCUCUCUGCCGCUCCCUCUGUCCAGCUGGACUGCAGUCACGUGUUCCACCUCCAGUGUACCCGUCGUGUUCUGGAGAACCGCUGGCUCGGGCCCAGGAUCACCUUCGGCUUCAUGUCCUGCCCCAUUUGCAAGAACAUGAUCAACCACUCGGUUAUCAAGGACCUGCUGGACCCUAUCAAGGAGCUGUUUGAGGACGUACGGAGGAAGGCUCUGAUGAGGAUGGAGUAUGAGGGGCUGCACAAGAGCGAGGCCAUCACCACGCCCGGUGCCCGCUUCCACAACGACCCGGCCGGCUUCGCAAUGAAUCGAUACGCCUACUACGUCUGCUACAAGUGCCAAAAGGCGUACUUUGGGGGAGAGGCGCGCUGUGACGCGGAGGCAGGACAGGGAGACGACUACGACUCCAGCGAGUUGAUCUGUGGAGCAUGCUCAGAUGUGUCCAGGGCACAGAUGUGUUCCAAGCACGGGACAGACUUUCUUGAGUACAAAUGCCGGUACUGCUGCUCGGUGGCUGUUUUCUUCUGCUUCGGCACCACUCACUUCUGUAACGCCUGCCACGAUGACUUCCAGAGGAUGACCAGCGUGCCCAAGGAGGAGCUGCCUCACUGUCCUGCAGGUCCAAAAGGCAAGCAGUUGGAGGGGACAGAGUGCCCCUUACACGUGGUUCACCCACCCACCGGCGAGGAGUUUGCCCUAGGCUGUGGAGUGUGCAGGAACGCCCAUAGCUUCUAAAAACACCCAGUUAUGAAAACUGAGAGACGCGUACCGAACACUCCUCCUACUGGGACUGCAGGAUGUUGGCUGCAGCCUGAGCCCAGCCUGUAAAGUAUCUCCUCGUGUUGGCUUUCAUGUUGUCAGAUGGCCCUGGACACUGGAUCAGGCUUUCUACCGUACCCAAGAGUCCCAAGUUGUGCUCUUCUACCAACCAGAGUCUUCGAGGCUACUACAAAACACACAAAGAGAGUUGAGGCUCUCUAUGUGCAUUCCAGAGGAAAUAUAUAAUAAUAAAACUUGUGACAUGUUUGCAUGUGGCCGUUGUAACCCCUUGGCUUCCAUAGAAGUUGCACACCUCCCGAUCACUGAAGUGUAACAAUGUAUUGAAUAUUGUUUUUUUUUUGCUUAAGGCAAUUAGGAUGAACUUGGGAUAUAUACAAGAAAAAAGAUGAGACGGGCUGUAUUUCUAGCUUCCUAACAAUGAAUUCAAAAUAUUGUUGUAUGUAAAGACUUUUUUUGUAAUCUUGUACAUUAUUCUCUCCACUGUCGAGUGCAUCAUGGGUUGACAGACAAAAAAAAUUAAGUGAAUAAUUCUGAUAAGGUGGUGAAUAAGACUUAAGAAUAUGUUUUGGAGGAAAAUAGUGUGCAAUUGAUCUAAUCUUGUAUAUAAUGAUGUAUUCUGAAGUUGCUGCUCUACACUUCAAUUUUGUUUAAUAUUCUGGUUUAUGUUUUGAGCCAGAACUUUUAAUGAAGUGCAAUACUGGGUGUGCCUCCUAUCUUGCAGCUGUUUAUCCUAUGGAAUGUAUGUCAAUAAAAGCCACUGUACAUUUUUAUUCGGCGAUAAACAGUCGUAUUCCCCCAAUUCAAAAUGUCAGAUCACUUCUGUUCUCUGAAAAUUAUGCCCAGCGUCUGCAGUGUAUGAAGGUUGAUUGAUGUGAACACUUUUUUUCUGCUCCACAAUCAGAAAAAUUACGCUGCGGUACAAACCCUUUUUUCUGUUUGUUUUUUAACAACUCAGAAGGUGAGUAUAUUGUAGGCUACCAUUCUAUUGUAAAUGUGCGGUAACUCAACGUGUUGGGGGGCUAGUCUUCAGAACCAAAUAGUACAAAUAAUUGUGAAUCCGUGAUGCUUUUCCAUCAGUAGGAGGCAGGGGGACAUGGGGGGUCUGGGUAUGGGGUCUGAGAAAAAACAAACAGCUGUUGUUAUAAAAGCUUAUUACUUGUAAUAUCUGUGGUGAAUGGAUUUGAAUGGAAAUAAACCAGGUUCUCUGUUUCGCAAGGUA